CUCUUCUGGGCAGGCUUUGCAAUAGAUGUUGAACAUUGCUGUGAGGAUUUUAUUGAGCUCAUGUGCUGGUGUUGGACGGUUCUGCGACUGCGGUGCCGUUUAACCCUCAGAACUCCCAACAUUAAACUUUCCUAGACCGACUGUGAGGAAAAGUUCCACCGGUGGAGGCGCAGAAACCCAGUGUGAGCCCUGGCGUGGUCAGGACCCUCAUGGACCCUCACAGAGCAGGCUGAAGAGCGCCCCCCACUGAGGAUGUGGGCGAACAUUUGCGGGGCGAGAGAGCGGCGGAGCUGCCCCGAUGGAGAUGAGUGGAGACAACAGCACAGAGACAGACAGACUGACCGCAGACGACAGAGCAGUGACUGCAGAUGGGUGUGGAGGCCGCUGCUAUGUGAGGAUGAUGGGGUCCUCCUGGAUUAUUCCCAGAACAGCUCAGUCAGUCCAGUGGAAAGUUUUGAGCAGGAGGCUGUGCUAAACCACCUUCACAGCCUGCAUGUGGCACCAUCUCUCAGGGAGCUGCUGCCUGGCCUACUGCACAGAGAGGUGGAGGUGGCUAUGGAUAACCUGGGCCUCCUCUAUGAUCGGACCUACGCCUGGGAUGUCUUCUCAGACAUGAUGAGGAGUCAACUGCGUUGCGCGCUGCCGAGCGCCGAGCUGCCAUGGCCAUUCUCUGAGAACACGCGCGCAAUCCUGGUGGACUGGCUCAUUCAGGUUCAUGAGGUGUUUAAUUUCUCGGAGGAGACUCUGUACCUGGCCAUUCACCUGCUGAACCGAGCUCUCAGGUGUGUUAAAGUCUCGGUGUCCAGCCUGCAGCUGCUGGGCGUCACCUGCCUCUUCAUCGCCGCCAAGAAGGAGGAGUGUUUACUGCCAGAGGUGUCUGAGCUGUGUUAUCUGAUGGCAAACGCGUACAGCAAGAAGCAGUUCCUGCGGAUGGAGCGGCGGGUCCUGGGUGGUCUUCAGUUUGAGCUGUUUCACUGCCCACCGAUUCACUUCCUGCUGCUGUCUGCUUACAUCGCACACUGCAGCGACAAGGUGGUGUGUAUGGCGCGGUAUCUGCUGGAGCUCUCCCUGUUGGAGGGUCAGUGUGUGGUGUAUUUGCCUGCUCAGCUGGCUGGUGCUGCGCUCCGCCUCGCCCGCAGGCUGCUGCAGGACACGCCCACACCUGAGACUGAGACGGCCUGGUGCAUCGCCUCCACCAUCCACGUAGGCAGUGAGGCGACUCUGUGCAGUAUAAUGCAGAUCAUGGCCGCGGCUGCUGCUCGAGCGUCCAGCCGGGAAAGUCGUGCAACGUUCGUAAAGUACUCCACCCCAGAAACACUGCAGGUCAGCUUGCACCCCACGCUGAACGGCGCCCCCUGCCUGCUGGGCCUGCCGACCUGACCUUCGCCUGCCUGAGGGGCCUGGGGUCCAGCCUGAGGAGGAGGGCAGUAACCACGGUAACGUCUGAUUCAGCUGUGCGGCCUCUGUGGACUGAUGUGCUGCGUCAGAUGAUCCUGAUGAGGGUGGAGGAGCGUCUGCUCAGGUGUGUUCGGUGAACAGAUUAACCGAGGGGCUGAUUUGGACAUGCACUUCAGAAUCCAACGGGUUUGUUCUAAGUGUUUUAUAUGGGAAAAAAUAAUAAAUCAAAUUCUUAAUUGUGAUCAUC